AUGAAUAUGUAUGAGAAAUAUGAAAAUAUUCUUCUAAAUUGGUUAGAUGAAGACAUAAUAGAGGAAGUUCCUACCAACGAAAUGAACUCUUAUGGUAAUUAUUUACCUCACCGUGCAGUGAUAAAACUAAGCAGCAGCACUACUCCAAUUCGUCCGGUGUUUGACGCUUCAGCGAGAUUAGCAAAUUAUCCAUCUUUGAAUCAGUGCUUGGAAUGUGGUCCUAAUCUCAUUGAGCUUAUUCCAAAUAUUCUUCUUCGAUUCAGAGAGGGACAGCUUGGCGUUAUAGCUGACAUCAGGAAAGCUUUUCUGCAAAUUAGUAUUCGUAAAGAGGAUAGAGUCUUCCUUCGUUUUUUGUGGUGGGAAAAUAGAGAAAAAAAGAAAUUGAGAGUUUUUCGUCACACAAGAGUUGUUUUGGGGGUAAAAUGUAGCCCUUUUCUUUUAGCUUCAGUAAUUGAGUACCAUAUUCAAAAAUGUGAAGGAUUUGAAAAAUCUUUGAAGAAAAGACUUUUGGAGAGUUUCUACAUUGAUAAUGUCGUUACUAGUGUCGACAGUAAAGACCAAUUAGAUCGAUUCAUUGACAAUUCUAAAACCUUGAUGGCAAAAGGUGGUUUUGAUCUUAGAGAAUGGGAAUGGUCUGGCGACUGUGAAACUAAUUCAAAGGAAGAAACUCAGGUAUUAGGUCUUAUUUGGAAUAAGAAAUUAGACACUUUGAAAAUUAACAUGAAAUGGCUGGAUGGCAUUAAUGUGGAAAAAGUAACUAAAAGGAGUAUGUUAUCUACAGUACAUAAAGUAUUUGAUCCUUUUGGAUUCACUGCACCAGUGAUGCUCUGUCCAAAAAUAAUGCUACAAAAGGCAUGGACAUUAGGUACAAGUUGGGAUGAAGAAGUAACUGGUGAGCUUCGUAAAGAAUUUCUACAGUGGUUUCAAGAACUUAAGCAUUUGUCUGACAUAUAG